UUUAACAUAGUUAAGUUAUAAUUUCGAUUUAAUUGUGCAAAAGAUGGAAAAAGUUAUUUUUCGUGCAUUGAAACCACGCUCUACAAAUUCUCUGAUUAUUAAAAGAACAUUCUUUGACCAACCUAGAUCAGGUUAUCCCGUGGUACAUGAUGAAAAAUCUGAAGAUUUGAGUUUGUUACAAAAAGUGCGGAAAGCACGUAAAGAAUUUAAAGGCGAAUGUAAAUUAUUUAUCGAAGAAAUUCGAAAUGCAGUAUUUAAAUCUGAAAUUAUAACGGAUAAAACUAAUAUUAUAUGGAAAUUUCGUGAAACUGAAAAGCCAUUGGAUCAAUGGAUUGUAAAUUGUGAUGGGGACUAUCACCAUGGUUAUUCGACUGCUAAAUUAGAAUUGUCAACCUAUGGUACUGGAAUAUUUCAUGGCGUACUCGAUACACGUAUACCUAAAGAUGGUGUAACAACGAAUAGUGGUUAUUGCAAUAUCACUACAGUACCAAAAUUAAAAUCUUUUAAACGACUAGAUUUCUAUAAUUGGUAUCAAUAUAAUGAACUUAUUUUGAGGAUCAGAGGAGAUGGUAGAUGUUACAUGUUAAAUAUCUUACCAGAGCCACUAAUUGAUAUAACACGAUAUUUGGGUUUUCAUUACUUUGUCUAUACAAGAGGUGGUCCGUAUUGGCAAAUAGUUAGAAUCCCUUUUUCAAAAUUUUUGGCAAGUUUAAAAGGGGAAAUCUAUGAGAAUCAAUUUCGUAUGAUGGCUGGUAGUGUGAAAAAUUUUGGAAUUACAGUUGCUGAUAAAAAAUCAGGACCUUUUAGAUUAGAAAUUGAUUACAUUGCAGUUUCCAAUAAUACAAAUCUAUUUGAAACUUUUGCAUAUGAAGAGUAUAAAGUACUUAGAAAACGUAUAUGA